AUGAGAACUUCAUUACUAUCAAAUAAAGAACAAUCUUUAUUGAAUAUUCCUACGGAUACGACUAAAAAUCAGUUUACUUCUACAAUUUCAAUACCAUUUACAUCAAAUUUAUCAACAGAUUAUUUUUUAUCAUUAACAUCAGUAAUCAAUAAUGUUUUGACAAAAAAAUUCACUGAUACUUAUACUAAUUCAUCGAAAUUACAUAGUUACAAUCAAUUAUAUCAACAAGAUGAAUUAUAUAAUCAAAAUUAUUUAAAUAAUGAAUAUAAUUCAUUAUCAAAUUAUUCAUUAAAUAUAAUCAAUUCGAAUAAUUCAAUAAAUAAUAAUUCAAUAAAUGAAAUUAAAGAUUUAUCUAUUAAAUCGGAAUUCAUUAAAGAAUAUGAAAAUAGAAUGAAAUAUCAUAUAAAACCUAAUGAAUUCUAUUCAUUCAAUGAUUCUAAACAGAAUAAUCAUGAAAGAGUAGAAGAUAAUGAUUGUUUUAUUAAAUUGAAUAAUUAUAAUGAAUCAGUAAAUGAUACUGUUUAUUGUAAUCGUUUACAGAUAAAAGAGGAAAGAUCAAAUCAAGUAGAAGAUAUUCCUUCAUUAAAUCGCAUAGUUCAAUAUGUGAUUUUUAUUGGUAUUGACGAGUUAACAAUUGAAAUGCCGAUUCUUCACGAUGUAAUUAAUCUGUUAUGUGUUCAGUAUUCAGAUUUAAAGAAUCUUCCUGAACAUAUUCGUCAAAAUGUUUCAGAUAUAGUUACUUAUCAGGAAAUGAUAUUGUCAGCUGAAUAUCUUCAAUAUUUAUCAGCUUUGAAAAAUAUUUACAUUCCUGAAUGUUUAACUUGUAUGAAUUGUUGGGAUGAAGUGAAAAAUCUUGGCAUAAAUUUACACAUCGUACCAUUUGAACUUGAUGUAAAUAAAUCAGCUGAUUUCAUUAUUGGUAUUAUCCUAUCCACACAUUAUGAUAUCAUGUCGAUUUAUAUGAAUGACAAAAAUCAACCUACUGUCAAACGACCAGCAUCAUCACCUUCACAAUCGAUAAUGAACCAACUAGUGCAAAUUAACAAACCGCUAUAUAAUCAUACUAAUGAUAUUGUAUUCAAACAUACUACUACUAACGACCAAACAAUAGAAAAUAUUGUAUCAAACAAUCAAGGGACCCACUUAAAUACUGAUCGAAAUAUUCAAAUCGGUAUUAUUGGUUUAGGUCCAAUCAGUUUGACUAUUAUACGUCAAUUAGAAAAAUUUAAGUAUAAUAUUCGUGUAUUUGAUAAAUAUUUACCUGACGGAAUUGACACUGUGUUCAAUUUAAAUUAUACAAAUAAUCAUGAAGAAAUUAUUUAUGAAUCUGAUUGGAUUAUCUUUAUCCAAGAAGCAAGUAUCCUAAAGGAUUUGAAAUUAUUUGGAAAAAGUGAUAUCUAUUCUCCGUUGACAGUGAAUGAAAUAUUUAACGAGAAUAUAAAAGCUAAAAUAAAAAGUGGAUGUCAUAUAUUAUACAUUAAUCUGGUUGACGAUUAUCCACAUGAAGUAAUUACAUUGAAUACACUUGUUCACUCUGGCUAUGUAGCAGACAUCUAUGUAUUAUUAAGGAAACCAUGUGAAAAGUUAACUAAUGAAUUCAAUAUUCAACAAUCAUCAAAUUUAAUUUGUUUAUAUAAUAAACUCAAUAAACUACAAGUACAAUCAAAAGAAUUACGUAGAAGUAUGAGUCAAUUUGUUCGGAGAAAUUUGCUUAAAAAUUUGAUAUUUAUACCUAAAAUCAAUGAAAUAACUCAAACUGAUGUGUAUAAAUAUAAAACUGAACCACAAUUUAAAGUGACUUUGAAUAAUCAAAAAAUGAGCACAUUGAAGAAAAAUACAAAUCUGCAUCAAAAAAUACCACUUCAUGGGAUAAAAAAGCAUCUAACAUUUGGUAUCAAUUCAUUAGUAGCUCCAAAAACUUUGAAAUAUUAUCCUACUCAUUGUGGAUAA